AUGAUAGACAUAGUGCUAACAAUGGAUAAUGGUGAUAUGGAAACCUUAGUAAUGCUUCCUCUAAGUUUGUUGAUAAAGAAAACAGAUAAGCAGGAGGUGAGCGGCGCAGGCGCGGAACUAGGCGAAAAAUCUGCUGAUGUAGAAAUUUGUGAUGAAGAGUGUGAUUCACCCGAAUCAGUCAACCAACAAACUCAAGAGGAGAGUCCUAUAGAAGUUCACACCACCGAGGAUGUCCCCAUUGCUGUAGAAGUGCAUGCAAUUUCGGAGGAUUAUGACAUAGAGACAGAAAACAAUUCUUCCGAGAGCCUCCAAGACCAAACUGAUGAAGAACCACCAGCUAAACUUUGUAAAAUUCUUGACAAGAGCCAAGCUUUGAAUGUGACUGCCCAGCAGAAAUGGCCUUUACUGAGAGCUAAUAGCAGUGGCCUCUAUAAAUGUGAACUUUGUGAAUUCAAUAGUAAAUAUUUUUCUGAUUUAAAACAGCAUAUGAUCCUGAAACAUAAACGUACUGAUUCAAAUGUGUGUCGAGUAUGCAAGGAAAGCUUCUCUACCAACAUGCUUCUGAUCGAACAUGCCAAACUACAUGAAGAGGAUCCCUACAUCUGUAAAUACUGCGAUUACAGGACAGUAAUUUUUGAGAACCUCAGCCAGCACAUUGCAGACACCCACUUUAGCGAUCACUUGUAUUGGUGUGAGCAGUGUGACAUGCAGUUCUCCUCAAGCAGUGAACUCUACUUACAUUUCCAGGAGCACAGCUGUGAUGAACAGUACUUGUGUCAGUUCUGUGAACAUGAAACGAAUGAUCCAGAAGACUUGCAUAGCCAUGUGGUAAAUGAGCAUGCAUGUAAAUUAAUAGAACUAAGCGAUAAGUAUAACAAUGGAGAACAUGGACAAUACAGCCUCUUAAGCAAAAUUACCUUUGACAAAUGUAAGAACUUCUUUGUAUGUCAAGUAUGUGGUUUUCGGAGUAGACUUUAUACAAAUGUUAACAAGCAUGUUGCUAUUGAACAUACUAAAAUAUUUCCUCAUGUUUGUGAUGAUUGUGGGAAGGGCUUUUCAAGCAUGCUAGAAUAUUGCAAGCAUUUAAAUUCACAUUUAUCUGAAGGGAUUUAUUUAUGUCAAUAUUGUGAAUAUUCAACAGGACAGAUCGAAGAUCUUAAAAUUCAUCUAGAUUUCAAGCAUUCGGCUGACUUACCUCAUAAAUGUAGUGACUGCUUGAUGAGGUUUGGAAAUGAAAGGGAAUUAAUAAGUCACCUUCUAGUCCAUGAAACAACUUAAUUAUUCUCUUUGACUUA